UUUAAACACACUCAGGGCAGAGUUGAAGUUACAGGCUUUGGAUGUAUAUAACUGAGUUAUAAGAGACUUUUUUGCCAUUUUAUAAAACAGAAGGACUGGCUUUCUGACUGCCUAUAAAAUUCCUUUAGUGCACUCGUGCACUGGCAACAGGAACAGCUUUCCUGUCAUUCAGGAUACACACUCACACAGUAUUCCGGACAUCAUGCCUCUGGGAUCUCGCUGUGGGAAACUUUGAGGGGGAGUGUUCAAAGGUGCAGGAGAAGUCUGAGCCUGUGGGACAGGACACAAGUAUUGAACAGAAGUGGAUACUGAUGGUUUCACAGUGGAGUGGGCUUGAUCACGACACACUCCAUGAGGACUUAAACUUAAGCAGAUGUGAGUGUGUGCUAGAGGACUCUUAAGAGAAGGUGCCAGUGAACACAGCUGAACUCCAAGAGAACUUUGCCGGGAGUUUAUCUGCACUGAUACCAGCUUCAAGUGGGCUUGCUUUCAGUGCUGCUGAGAUAUCUUGUUGUCAGAGGGUUUCAGUGUGGAAACCAGCACCAUGGCUGGGGUCACCAGGAAGGGCUCUGGGAGACCCUCGUACUACUACAGAUUCCUGGGCAAGUCCCGACUGCAGCGUCAGCGAAGCCGGUCCCGCAGCCGCACCAGGCCGGCUGCCAGCAGGGAGUCUCCUCCAGAGAGGACCGGGCGUCGGCGCAGUAUGCCAGGGAGCUCCUCGGACAAGGCUACACCCACCAUGGAGGCUACGUCCACUGCUGCCACACCUUUCAGAGUCACCGUGAGUACUGGCUUCCUAAGUCGCCGGCUGAAGGGCUCCAUAAAACGCACCAAGAGUCAACCCAAACUUGACCGCAACUCCAGCUUCAGGCAUAUCCUUCCUGGCUUCAGGAGCGUUGACAAUGACAGAUCUCAUCUGAUGCCAAGGCUGAAGGAGUCUCGCUCCCAUGAGUCAUUGCUCAGCCCCAGUAGUGCUGUGGAAGCCUUGGACCUAAGUAUGGAGGACGAGGUUGUCAUCAAGCCCGUUCACAGCAGCAUCCUCGGGCAGGACUACUGCUUUGAGGUCACCACCUCCUCGGGAAGCAAGUGUUUUUCCUGCCGCUCAUCAGCCGAGAGAGACAAAUGGAUGGAGAAUCUGAGGAGGGCUGUACAACCCAACAAGGACAACAGUCGUCGGGUGGAGAACAUGCUGAAGUUGUGGGUCAUCGAGGCAAAGGACCUGCCAGCCAAAAAGAAAUACUUCUGCGAGCUUUGUCUGGAUGACUCACUGUACGCCCGCACCACCUGCAAACUCAAGACUGACAAUGUCUUCUGGGGAGAGCACUUCGAGUUCAACAACCUGCCUCCUGUCAAGAGCAUCACGGCCCACCUCUACAAAGACACGGACAAGAAGAAAAAGAAAGACAAAAACAACUUCAUUGGAUUUGUCAGCAUCCCUGUUGUGGCUGUUACUGGACGCCAGUUUAUGGAGAAGUGGUAUCCCGUCAGCAUGCCCAACCCCCCCAAGGGCAAGACAUCUGGGCCUAUGAUUAGAAUCAAAGCACGCUAUCAGAGUAUGAACAUCCUUCCCAUGGAGAUGUACAAGGAGUUUGCAGAGUACACCACCAAUAACUACAUGCUGCUAUGCUCGGUGCUGGAACCCGGGAUUAGCGUCAAGAACAAGGAGGAGAUGGCCUGUGCACUUGUCCACAUUCUACAGAGCACCGGCAAGGCCAAGGAUUUCCUCACAGACUUGAUGAUGUCCGAGGUGGAUCGCUGCGGGGAGAACGAGCACCUCAUCUUCAGAGAGAACACGCUAGCAACAAAGGCCAUAGAGGAAUACCUCAAGCUGGUGGGACAGAAGUACCUGCAGGACGCGCUGGGUGAGUUCAUCAAGGCUCUGUACGAAUCAGAUGAGAACUGUGAGGUGGAUCCGUCCAAGUGUUCGUCUGGCGACCUGCCGGAGCACCAGAGUAACCUGAAGAUGUGCUGCGAGCUGGCCUUUUGCAAAAUCAUCAACUCAUACUGUGUCUUUCCACGAGAGCUGAAAGAGGUCUUUGCGUCGUGGCGACAGGAAUGCAGCAACCGGGGUCGACCAGACAUCAGCGAGCGUUUGAUCAGCGCGUCCUUGUUCCUGCGGUUUCUCUGUCCAGCCAUCAUGUCGCCGUCACUCUUCAAUUUGAUGCAGGAGUAUCCCGAUGACCGCACAGCGCGAACGCUCACGCUCAUCGCUAAAGUCACCCAAAACCUGGCAAACUUCACAAAAUUUGGUAACAAGGAAGAGUACAUGUCCUUCAUGAACCAGUUCCUGGAGCACGAGUGGACCAACAUGCAGCGCUUCCUGCUCGAAAUCUCAAACCCAGAGACAAUCUCCAACACUGCAGGCUUUGAAGGGUACAUCGACCUUGGCAGGGAACUCUCCACCCUGCACUCCCUCCUCUCUGAGGUGGUGUCCCAGAUGGACCAGAGUGCAGCCUCCAAGCUGGGUCCCCUGCCCAGGAUCCUGCGGGAGGUAAACACCGCUCUGUCUAACCCGUCCAGUGUCCAGAUGACACCCGGACAGUCCUCGGAGCACUUGGGCUCACCUCCCGCUGAGGCAGGCUGCAGCAUCUCCACCGGCCUGCAAAAGAUGGUCAUAGACAAUGACCUUUCAGGAUUAGUUGACUUCACCAGGUUACCCUCCCCUACCCCAGAAAACAAGGACCUGUUCUUUGUGACAAGGAGCUCAGGGAUCCAGCCUUCCCCAGCACGCAGUUCAAGCUACUCUGAGACCAAUGAACCUGACCUGGGGAUGUCCAAUGGCAGCAAGAGUCUGUCCAUGGUGGACCUCCAGGACCCUCGCAGUUUGGAAGGUGGCCCAGGUCCCAGCUCCUCAGACGCUAUGGGUGAGGGCCCAGCUUCUGGUGUAGGCUGGUCAGCCAGGGCGCCACACAGCAACAUCCCGGGAGGUCCCACCAUGAGGAGGCAAGGCCAGACACCCACCGCUCUGGGCACAGAAAGCAUGCCAGGCCGACCCGCCCAACUGUUAGCCCCCCUGUCCUUCCAGAACCCAGUCUACCAGAUGGCGGCCUGCCUGCCCGUGUCGCCUCGCGGAAUGACCGACUCAGGCUCAGAGUGCCACAGUUCUGUCAGUUCCCAUAGCAACAACGAAGACGGACCUGCAGGAGGGAAGAUCACUUUCUUGAACCACAGUGGAGGAGGAGGCGGGGGUGGGGGGAGCAGCGGGGACGAGUACACCAGGCGUUCAGGGGAGUUCAACCGCCGACAGCUGUCCCUCACAGAGACACAGCACCAGCCCACCGUCCCCAGACAAAACAGCGCCGGCCCUCAGCGGAGGAUAGACCAACCUCCACCUCAGAAUAUUACUCGGGGACGCACACCCCCGAAUCUGGCCAGUGGACCCUACCCCCGGCCCUCAUCUGGCAACAUGAUGACAUCAUCACCCGACUGGCCCUGCAGCAGCGCUCGAUUACGACAGCAGUCCUCUUCCUCCAAAGGGGACAGUCCUGAGACCAAGCAGAGGGCUCAGCACAAACAGGCCCCCUCCCCAGUGAACCCCAGUGCGCUGGACCGCACAGCAGCCUGGCUAUUGAAUAUGAAUGUGCAGUAUUUAGACCAUGAGGGGAUGGAGCUCGAGUCACUGAGAAACAGGGAGGAUCUGACUCAGGUGGAGAAGUACCAGCAGGAGAUUGCGGUGCUACAGGAGAAGCUGCGGGCGUCGGUGCAGAAGCUGGAAGAGUACGAGGCCCGUCUGAAGGGUCAGGACGAACAGGCCCAGAAGGUGCUGAUGGAGUACCAGGCCAGGCUGGAGGAGUCGGAGGAGCGCCUGCGCCGACAGCAGGACGACAAGGACCUCCAGAUGAAGGGCAUCAUCAGCAGGUUAAUGUCGGUGGAGGAGGAGCUGAAGAAGGACCACUCAGACAUGCAGGCGGUGGUCGACUCCAAACAGAAGAUCAUCGACGCGCAGGAGAAGCGCAUAGCGUCGCUGGAUGCAGCCAACGCCCGCCUGAUGAGCGCUCUGACCCAGCUGAAGGAGCGCUACAGCAUGCAGACCCGCAACGGCAUCUCCCCCACCAACCCCACCAAACUGCAGAUUACAGAAAACGGGGAGUUCAGGAACAGCAGCAACUGCUAGACGGACGGAGCGAGUGUGUACAGAUAUCCAAUGAGAGGUGGUCUACAUGCAUGCACGGACGCACGCCCGUUGGGAGAGACUGGGCGCACGUGUGUUUUUUAAAAGCCGACACAGUACUUCUGGAAAACAUUUUUGGACCCCGGUGUAGGAGUGAGGUCAUCACUCCGGGCCUGGAAGAGGCGGGACUUUGGAAAGAUCACCAAGGAAACGAGAUCACCAGAUGGCCUUCGUUGAGAGGUUGACGGCCAGAGGAGGUGAGGCAGAGCUUGUACAUAUGGAACUCAAAGCUGUCCACGAGUCAAACACUUCAUCAAACAUCUGCGGUCUGUGGGACAAUUCACGGCCCUGCCGAAGCCUGGGACGAACCACUAUUUAACCACACACACACACACACACACACACAGUGACGACCGGCAGACACGGUCAGCCUGCUGUAGCAACCCUCCUCUCCUCCUCCCUCUCUCUCUCUCUCUCUCAUCCUCCUCCCUCUUGACAACCACACGGACGCAUCGAGGAUCAUCACUUUAGUUGUCUCGAGGGGAUUACUUUCCAGCGCUUUAUUUUAAAGUCGUUUAUAAAGAACCAAAUAGGAGCUAAAUAGAAAACGAUAUUUUUAAGUCCAAAACAGUCUUCUCUGUGUCCCCUUUCCACUCCUUGGGUGUGUUCCUGAACGUCCCGCAGACCCCCGGCCUCCCCCACCACCACCUCCCCUGUAGUGCACUUUGUGAAAAGCUAUUGGUACAUGAAACGCCUUAAGUGUGGAACACACCUCGACUUUAUCCCUCAGCUCCCCUAUUUCUGCAAAAAAAAGAGAAAAAAAAACAAAAAGUAAAGGCACAACUUAUACUGUGGAUUUGUAAAGGAGACAAAAAAAAUUGUACACACUUAAAUGUAUUAUGAACACUAAAGUAAAUGAAUUCUAUGUGAUUCUAUAUUAAUGAAAUUUAAUAGAGAUGUAUGCAUUUCUUUUUUUCUUCUAUAGAGUAUACACACAUAUCUAUAUCUAUAUUUGAUAAUCUCAAAUAUAAAAGCAGCCCUUUAUUUAGGAGUGAGAUGGAGGUUUUAUUUUUCUUCUCCUACGAUGAAAGACUGUAGUGUGUAGCUUGCUUUAGCGCCCUGGAGGAGGAGGCCACACGGAGCGGCGAGCGACGCCGCCGCCUCACAGCUCCAUGACGGUCCAACCUUUUGCGCCACAUUCGAGGGAAAAUGUUCUCCUCCAGCGUAGCGAUUCUUCUUCUUCUUCUUCUUCUUCUGGUGCGCAGAUCAGCUAAACCCAGAUUUCGGUUCUGGUUUGAUCUUGCGGUCGCACGUUGUGGUCUUCUCACUUGGGCAGCACAAGAGCUUUUGAGAGACAUGUGUUCAGACACGCUCGCUCAUACUAUACACUGGACUGGUGAGCCAUUGGGGUAAUGGCCUCCUUGGGACAUUUUCCUCUCUACCUGCUUUGUGUUUGUCAGUGGUGAUGAAGUAUGCUGCAUCCAAACUGUGACUCUGUUAAUCCUAGUGGCAUCACCUCUCUCUACUCUUCUCUUACUCCUACUCCUCGCCCUCCUUCAUCCCUUGUUCUUCUGAAUGUGAAGAUGCUAACAGGCGGUGGGUGUUGACGCGGGAUCCGGUCCUUAUAAUCUCCCCUGGCACUGCUCUCAUCGCUCCAUAACAACCUUGGCAUCUGUAUUUUGUAUAUUUUUGUAUUUUUAUUUUAUUUUUUUUAUCCGUAACAGACUGCAUACAUCCAAGCGUGGGGCUCUGCAUGCUUCAUCAAGGGUAGGGUCAGUAUCACCAUUUGUUUUCUUUUGUUGCCAGUUGGAAGGUGGUGGUGGUGGUGAUGAACGGCUCGCUGCAGACAUAUACAGUGAAUAUAUGAUAACUGAGUGUAUCAAGAGGCUGGAUAGCCUGGGAAAGUGUAAAUAAAAUGCUCAUAUUAUUUUUACCUAAUGUUAACAGAGCUUUUUGUAAAUGUAUCUCGUGCUCAAACUCUGCUGUAUCAUUUAUGGAUAUUGUAAAUACAGAAUAGCUCAGUCGGUCAUCUAUCCUCAGUGGGUAGAGCUAUACGAUUAAAUUAACCUGUCAGUGUUCUCCCUCUUAAAGCUAUUGUUUUGUUUUUGUUUUAGAGUAUAAUAUCAUUAGCCAAAAAAAACUGAUUAGGUAGGAGUUCGACUCUCGGGAAGUCGCGGGUUUCAGGCCAAGCUGAGUCCAGUCUCGAUGAGAUUCACAAGCACAAUCCUGUAUUUCUCAUCAGUCCAGCUCUAUGCACUUUUACGGUCAAUGGUUGGUGUUUAGAAUUAGCUUCUUUUUUUUUUUAGCACGGCACCUGUUUUAGGUGUUCAAAAAUGUGGCAAAGUUCAAAGCCGAAGAAAGGGAUUUUUGGUAUCGCUCAUUCACAAAGCAUCAUAUCAGAUAAACUGAAGUAUUCGGUUUGUUCGAAUAAAACAUCUCAGAAGAAUCCUGUGUUAGCAAAACACCUGAGAUCUUCCUCGCCGUCAUAUUUUUAGCAUUCAGUCACUAGAAGCGAAACUACGUUACUUUUCACCAACUUGUUAGUCAGAGUUAGCUCAUGCUAGCCAGUUUUAGGCUAUCAUGAGCUAUCAUGAGCUCGUUUCUGAUUCGGUUCACCGGCUCGUGCUGUUGCAGCAGCUCAGCAUUUUAGCUAAAUGCUAAACGCGUGGCGUCAUUCAGCCAAACUGUGAACAACGAGUUUAGCAUUUAGCUAAAACGAGUUUAGCAUUUAGCUAAAACGAGUUUGGCAUUUAGCUAAAACGAGUUCGGCAUUUAGCUAAAACGAGUUUAGCAUUUAGCUAAAACGAGUUUGGCAUUUAGCUAAAACGAGUUUAGCAUUUAGCUAAAACGAGUUUAGCAUUUAGCUAAAACGAGUUCGGCAUUUAGCUAAAACGAGUUCGGCAUUUAGCUAAAACGAGUUUAGCAUUUGGCUAAAACGAGUUUAGCAUAACAGUAGUUUAGCAAUUAGCAGCGGCAGUUGUUUCGGUAAAAAUCACCACGGUCUCGCUUUAAACAGCAGAGUUCGAGAAUAAAAACGAACUUAUAUAAAGCCGUCACGUCUGCCGUAUCAGUACAACUAAAGAUAAAAGAAAGAAGGAGAGAAAAGAGCGGAGAAAACGCGCUCUGUUUGGUGUCUGAUUCGACUUCUCAGCUUAUCAAUUCACUUAUUCCAUCCUGUUCCCCAACUCUUUUCACGCCAUUCAGACAGUCUGACAGAAGAUCAAUCAAAAUAUAAAGCUAUAAAUAAAGUAAAAGAUGUUGUAUGUUUUCUAUUAUCUUGUAGAAAAUACUUUUGUAAGUAUGUUGAAAGUAUAAAGUAUUUGCUGGAUUUCUGCUUCCUUUGACGACAGUGACAAAACAAUAAUGUACAGAGAAAAUUUGUGUUGACGAAACGUGGCUGUGCAAUUUAUGUACAUUUGCAACUAGACCUAUUAAAGUUUUAUUUAGCUAUUUUAAAAUCUCA